AUCUGACACGGACCGACUUGCGGCCGAGACGACCAUAGCCAUAGGGUUCACUGCGAAGCUUCCUAGAAGCUUUAACUUGGUGAGGCAUCGAUCUCCGCCGUCUUCAUGGAGUUGAAUCGAAUCCCUAAAAGGAAGGCGACGUUCCAAAAAAUCUUCGGAUUUGUAGAUACGAAAGGGCAAAAUUCUAGAUGAGCAGCAAAGGAGGAGGAGAUCAAGCUUCGUCUUAGUUUUAUCGAUUUGCCUCUCGCUUCGAUUGCUGUACCUUAUCUUCAAUCCCUUUCGUUCUCGACGCAAGGAGUGAAAAAAUGCGUUACGACCUUUGAAUUUUGCAAGUAUUAUUUGGAUGGCCGAAACCUGGUGCAAGAUAUCGGACUACGUUGACACUAAGAAUGUAGAUCUCAACUCAAUAUCUUGGGCCUCAGUUAGAGAUUGUUUGCGGAUGAGGUCAAUUUUUUACACCUUAGUAAUUAAGGCAUUCCGAGGUCUUGCCGGUUGCAGAUUCCGAGCUUAAGCAGUAGCCUCAGAGAAUUCAAGCCUUAACUGUGAGGAUGAGGUUUUCUGUUUACAAAGAUGAGACCUGCGGAUGAAAGGGAAGGUUUUGCAAUGGAGAUGGAGACAAUUGCUAGUCCAUCAUCACCGUCCACAAAGAUUGUCUCAUCUGAGUUACUUCAUAGUAGGUCUCUUUCGAAUGUUGCCUAUUCGAGGAUCCCCUGGGGAAUACUCAAAGGAUUUUCAAAGAGCAUUAAAGUUGUCAUUUUCAGUGCAAAAAUUAAUAUUCUACUACCAUUUGGACCUCUGUCAAUCAUUCUCCACUUUCUUACUAAAAAUCAUGGGUUAGUUUUCUUCUUCAAUUUGGUAGGUAUUAUUCCUUUAGCUGAACGUUUAGGAUAUGCAACAGAGCAACUUGCUACUUACACUGGUCAUACAGUUGGUGGAUUGCUGAACGCAACCUUUGGUAAUGCAACUGAAAUGAUAAUAGCAAUAUAUGCAUUAAAAAGUGGAAUGAUCCGUGUUGUACAACAAUCACUCUUGGGCUCUAUUUUAUCAAAUAUGCUACUAGUUCUUGGUUGUGCUUUUUUUGCCGGUGGGGUUGUUCACAACAAAAAAGAUCAAUUCUUCAAUAAGGCUGCUGCUGUUGUGAAUUCGGGGUUGCUGUUGAUGGCUGUUAUGGGUUUAACAUUUCCUGCUGUCCUCCACUUUACAAGAUCAGAGGUGCACUAUGGAAAGUCAGAGGUUGCCCUUUCAAGGUUUAGCAGUGGCGUUAUGCUUGUGGCAUAUGCUAGUUACCUUUUUUUCCAACUCAGGAGUCAUCAAAACAGUUACCAUCCAAUUUCAGAUGGAGAGGGGCAUAUUGAGGACUCUGAUGAAGAUGAGCCUCCAGAGUUGAGCCAAUGGGAAUCAAUAUCAUGGCUUGCAGUUUUAACACUUUGGAUUUCCAUUCUUUCUGAGUACCUUGUUGAUGUCAUAGAGGGAGCUUCAGAUGCAUUGAACCUUCCACUGGCCUUUAUCAGUGUCAUUUUACUUCCUAUUGUUGGAAAUGCUGCUGAACACGCUAGUGCAAUUAUGUUUGCCAUGAAGGAUAAGCUUGAUAUUUCUCUGGGAGUUGCCAUUGGAUCAUCAACUCAAAUAUCCAUGUUUGUGAUUCCUUUCACUGUGGUUGUUGGUUGGGUUAUGGGGACACAGAUGGACCUAAAUUUUCAGUUAUUUGAGACUGCAACUCUUUUUAUAACAGUGUUGGUUGUGGCAUUUAUGCUACAGGAGGGCACGGCAAACUAUUUCAAAGGUUUAAUGUUGAUACUCUGCUACUUCAUUGUCGCUGCUAGCUUCUAUUUCCACACUGAUCCAACAGAAAGUGACUAAUCGGAAGAGAAGCUAAUCUAAUUACACAGUUAACCAACUAAUUGCAUCACACUGGAGGCCAAGUCAUUUGCUGCUGAACCGAGAGUAUGAUAGAGGUAAAUUCUAUUGCUCACUCAAUCUUUAUCAGUUCAUGUUUGGGUUACCAUUUAUCAAAAGAUAUAUAUUCUCCCAUAAACUCAUUUGAAGAAAUCAGUCAGCAGAUUAUGUCUCUUCUCCCUCAUAUUUUCUUCUUUGCCUGAUGCCAUGUAAGUACCAUUUGUAUGGGAUUUAUGUUUGAUUCUGUUCAUGUGGAAAGACCUUACUGUGACUAAAAUUAAGGGAUUUUUAAUCCUUCUCUCUCUA